AUGGCAACCAACACCACGCCACCUGCAGCCGUGCAGCGGCUGACUCUGACCAACUUCAUUGCCGCGUGGGAGACGUGGUCGGCCGAGGACAUGAUCGCCUGCUUCUCGCCCGACAUCCAGCAACGGUCCAUGCCUCUGGCGUUGGGGAUUCCCGGCCGGUCGAGAAAAGAGAUCGAGUAUACGCUGCCCAAGUUGGUGCAGGCGGUUCGCAACUACAGUUUAAAGGUCUCCAACGUCAUCCACGACACGGCACGCAACAAAGCGGCCAUCUACGCCGAGGCCCAGGGAGACACGCCGUUCGGGGACUUCCAGAACGAAUAUGCCUGCUUCGUCGAGUUUGACGACAAGGGCGAGAAGAUCAAGCAGCUGGACGAGUUUAUGGACUCGGUGUUCCUGAUGAGGUUCUUCCCUGGCUUCAAACGCUAUCUGGAAGAGCAGUCGAAGGGGAGCUGA